UGUAUUAAUUAGGAUUAGAGUGUGAUCCAUCAAUGAGGUCACCUAUGUCACAAUCAGCCGCUGUUUGGACCUUUAAAGUAAGAGGAUUCCUACUAAAUUGAACAAUUACUAAACACUACAUUGUAAUAAAAUGACAUGCAAUGUUCAAUUCCUCCAGGAUUGUUUUUGAUAGCAGCAGCCUAAAAUGCGACGGUCUGAAAAAGCUGACGUAAAUUCAAGCAACGGUUUGAGUUGUUUUUGUCCCAAAAAGGUUGAGUCAACUUGGGAUUUUGUUAUCGACGAUUUACAUGAAAAAAGAGGAUUUUAACAAAGAUUUUUUAUGUUUUACUCGCUGGACACUGGAUUGCAGUAAAAGCACAUACUUUGAGCUCGUUGUCAAAUUACUGUACUGUUUUGAUAAUUAUGGCUAAUAAUAGCAACUAGAAAAUUCCCGCGGAAAUUUUAAUGGGCCUUCAAUCUGUGCCCUGGACCUCUGGCCGGGGGUCGUCGGAAGCCACCGUCCUUAGAAGAUGGUGUCGAGUGUCUGAAUCCCGCUCCAUUCUAAUGAAGAAGCAACUAAAGAAGCGUGCAGAUUGUCAAAUGGUGAUCGCCAACCGGGACACUCGCCAAAAGAACCGCAAGCAAAAAGGCCGUUCGGAUGAGAUGGCGCUUCUGAUCAACCAGUCCCUCAGCAACAUCUCGCUAAGUGAUCAGGUGGAACACGCCCACGUCAACCCGUUGGUCGUUAUCACGCAGGGCGAGUGCGAUGAGAUGGAAACCAUGACGCCAGAGGAGAUGCCCGACGCGCCUAAAAAGAUCGACGUGGACACUGAACAAGAGGAAGAGGAGGCGAAGAAGACGAAGAAGAGAGAGAAACUUCAACCUGUGGAGGAGAACGAUGGACAGGAGGAGACAAAAGACAAGGAGAAAAAAGACCGAAAAAUAAAAAGGAAGGACAACGAAAAAGACUGCAAGGAGGGUCAGAAGACAAACAAAAGGACCAAACAAGAGCGCAAAAAGAAGCACUUGCAGGACACCUCAGCGUCCAACUUGGGCUCUGAGAGGAAGGUGACCGGCCCCAAGGAGAACCGUCAUGAGGAAAGUGAGGACGAGGAGUCGGCGUCCUGCGACUCUUCGCCUAGGAAAAAACAUCUCAACACGUCAAGGUGCCAAAUAAGCGACGAGAGCAAAGACGAGGAAGUUCAGACGGACGUAAAAGAGCGGAAGAAGAAGAAAGGAGAGAAAAACACACCGAGUUUAGCAUCCCUGAACUCCAACUACAAGGAGGGCUCGUCUUCAGGCAGUGAAUCCAACAACAGAACUGCUUCCCCGAUAUCCCUGGAGGACCUCGAGAAGUUCGCCCUGCGUCCCGCCCCCAGAGACAUGACCAUCCAGUGUCGGGUCACCAGGGACAGGAGAGGCAUGGAGAAGGGCAUGUACCCCACCUACUACCUCCACAUGGAGAAGGACGACGGCAAGAGGGUGUUUCUUAUGGCGGGCAGGAAACGGAAAAAGAGUAAAACAUCCAACUAUCUCAUUUCAACCGACCCGACAAAUCUGUCCCGAGACACCAGCUGCUACAUCGGAAAGCUAAGGUCCAAUGUCUUGGGGACAAAGUUCACCGUUUACGACGGUGGGGAAAACCCGGAGAAAAAGCCUUUCAUCAAAGAGUGUGAAUCUGUGCGACAGGAACUGGCAGCCAUUUGUUACGAGACAAACGUUUUGGGAUUUCGGGGUCCUAGGAAAAUGACAGUGGUCAUCCCUGGCAUGCUGGAGACGGACGAAAGAGUGUCCAUUCGGCCCAAAAAUGAACCUGAGACGCUGCUAGUGCGCCACGCCAACAACAACACAGACAAACUGGUGACCCUGGUCAACAAAUCCCCGAGCUGGAACGAGCAGACUCAGUCGUACGUGCUCAACUUCCACGGGCGCGUCACUCAGGCCUCCGUUAAAAACUUCCAGAUCAUCCACCCGGAAAAUGACGACUACAUCGUGAUGCAGUUUGGACGCGUGUCCGAGGACGUUUUCUCCAUGGAUUACAGCUUCCCCAUGUGUGCCCUUCAGGCGUUUGCCAUCACGCUCUCGUCCUUUGACGGCAAACUGGCCUGCGAGUGACCUUUAAGUGCUUACGCUACAUCCUGCAUCUACACCCACAGCUUAUUUUGACCGCUACAAUGCACAAAUAAAGGAUGU